AUGGCCAUUGGCAAGCUAAAAAAUUUUAUUCGUUUGCCGUUAAUUCGAAUUAUCAACGAGGAGCUCACCGUUCAAUUUGUGUCCGGCUCAUUCCUCGAAAAAUACGACCCAACUAUUGAAGAUUUCUACCGAAAAGAAAUCGAGGUUGAUGGCCAACCAUGCGUUCUUGAAAUCUUGGAUACAGCCGGUACGGAGCAAUUCGCGUCGAUGAGAGAUUUAUACAUUAAAAAUGGACAAGGUUUUGUCGUCGUCUACUCAAUAACAAGUCAACAAACGUUUCACGAUAUCAAAACGAUGAGGGAGCAAAUUAUCCGAGUUAAAGGAACCGAACAAGUGCCUAUUCUUUUGGUUGGAAAUAAAUGCGAUUUAGCUCAUCAAAGACAGGAUGUUGCAGUAUACUUUAAGACUUCAUUCGUUCUAUGCACCCUA